AUGAGCUACAUUCAUCCCUCAUGGAACUACCAAGCUCACCUCGGAGUGCCAAUGGAUCACGCCAUGGCCUAUGACCCCAACAUGAUUCCACCGCCAAUGAUGCACCACCAUCCAACGGAUGGUUACCUCUAUCCGCACCCUCCCACGGAGAUGCUCGACUACUAUCACCAACCAAUUAUGGACUACGACGAAUACGCAGAGAACCUCUCUCGCCCGCGAUUAACCAAAGAGCAGGUCGAGACCUUGGAGGCACAAUUCCAGGCGCACCCCAAGCCAAGCAGUAAUGUGAAGCGACAAUUGGCGGCCCAGACGAAUCUGAGCUUGCCCCGAGUUGCGAACUGGUUUCAAAAUCGACGCGCCAAGGCCAAGCAGCAAAAGCGCCAGGAGGAAUAUGAGAAAAUGCAAAAAGCCAAAGCGGAGGCAGAGGAAGCAGUGCGACAAAAGUCCAAUUCCAUCGAUCCAUCAAACUCAGAGCCUCACGAGGAGACUGCGACUGAUCGGGAAGUGUCCGAAGGCUCAUCCACUCCGCAAGCAGAGGACUCCGACGCCACAAUCAAUGCGUCCACGUCAGAAAACAGCAAGGAUGAUGGCAAGACGAAGAAGCAUCAGAAGACCAAAAGUGAAACGGCGAGGGAAGCAACCUUGGCUUCACUGCAGCGAGCCUUGAACGCAGCGUGUGCGGCGCGCGACCGGUUCACAGGGCGAAAGGAUGCCAAGGCCGACUCCACGCAAAAGGCACUGUCCGAGUCCCCCGCCGCCAUGGGCCCACCCAUGCAACAGUCCAAAUCCCAGGAGAGCAAUGAGCGGACGACGUACGCUAAUGGUUACGGAGGGUUGUCAAACGAGAAGGAAUCCACAUCCUGGCAUUCCGCACAUGGUCGGGGCGGGUCUAAGGCCUCUCAGAGAAUGUCCGAGGCCCCGCGGUCCGUGCCAGUCGAUUUGAAUGGCUUCCACAGAGUGCAGUACGCCUCUCCAGGUGAGGACUGGUCGGAAAAUUCUCAGGGCCAGAUAUCCGACCAUGCGAACCUCGACUUUAGUGGUAUGCAGUAUCAAGGCUCGAUCCAGACUCCAGCAAUCUCCAUCACCAGGCGCGAAUCAACCGACGCACUCGCCAUCUUGGAUGGCAUCGGCAUCCAUACCGGUGACUCUGGGAUGCACCAACCCUCAAUCGCUGCCGCUGCCGCUGCCGCUUCCUGGAGAGAGUCUGGAAAGGAGCUUGAUCUUGCUGCACGGCGCAAGCGCCCCCGCCCGGCAGCCAUCGGCACCGCCCCCUCUCGUUCUCUGAAUCCUUCCACUUCCAUGUCAUCUCUAUCGCCUACAGACCGCGACGCGGGCUCUCUCGGUGCUGGUCACUCGAUGAGGCAUACCAAGUCAGCGCAAAGCCUCAACACUCGCUAUGCAGGUGUUCGAAAGUCCUCUGCGGUGCAGCGCUCCCCUCUUAAUUUCACAUUUGCCGAAUCGGGGUCGAUGAAGGCCAGCAAAGCCCACAUGCUGCGUCCAUCUGUCUCUGCCGCGAGCUUGGCGCCACCCACUCCCUUGACCCCUCAGGACUUUCAGCACUUUCUACCCGCCUCGCCCACGGACAGCAGUUACUGUGUGUCCGCGCACUCCCGCACAAACUUCUUCCCUACCUCACAGCCUAUGCAAAUCAACCUUGCCUCCCCGCCGGCGACCCCCCUGGAUAUCUAUGCACCGUUUGCCUAUCAGAAUGUGGCUCCCCCAAUGUCGGCACCGGCUCAAGUAUCUGCGUUCCCAGAGUACAUGAACUGUGACUCCAUGCCUCUGACUGCUCGAAGCUGGGUCGACACCGGGUCCAUUGCCUCGCCGGUCUUCCCCAACGGUCUGCCGGUGCCCUCGUCGGCGUCAGCCUCGCCCGCCGGCUUCGAUACGACCAUCGAUCAAUCUGGACACGGCUUCCGGAUGGAUACCGCAUCUGUCUCGCCGUCCUUGAUGUAUUCUAUUGAGGACACCGAUCUCUCUGGCUCCCUCGACUCCGGUACCGGAAAGCAGCGCAGUUUCAUGAUGUCCGACUAUCAGCAGCAUGAUACUCGCAUGGCAUCCCAACAUGUUGAGUAUGAAAUGCCCAUGCGGCCGUUUGCCAUCACAAGCAAUCCCUCUUCGGGUCAGUAUGCUUCCUAA